GAAAUACAAAUCAAAAAGUCUAGGGGCAAGAGCACCGUCCGAAACUUACUAGCAAUGGACGCAGAGAGUAAAAAGAGAUAUAUGCAACAUGCGCUGGCACUUGCUGAGGAGGCGUAUGAAAAUCAAGAAGUGCCGGUUGGUUGCGUUUUUGUUUAUAAAGAGGAGAUUAUUGGAAGUGGACGUAACAGAACGAACGAAACAUUUAACGGUACUCGGCAUGCAGAACUGGAAGCCAUCGACGCUAUUUUGUCAAACGAUAAAUAUACCAAAGAUGUGUUUAGAGAAUGUGUGUUGUAUGUCACUGUUGAACCAUGCAUAAUGUGUGCAUAUGCCUUACGUCAAUUGGGUGAGCGUCAUAAACAAGAUCACCUACUCAUCAAGUACAACACACCAUCUGCUCGCAAACCAGCUGCUGUCGUUGACCCAGCUGAGCCAGAAAAGGUUCAAUCUGUUCUCGAUGAACAUGACGUAAAUCUCAAACACCUGAUUACCACUCACCACCAUCGGGAUCAUUCGAAUGGGAACAAAGACUUUAUCAGAAAAUAUCCGGGACUAAAAGUUUACGGCGGUGACAAUCGAAUCCCGGGAAUGAACCACAAGGUUGAAGAUGGAGAGGUGUUGAAGGUUGGAGAUAUAUCCAUAAAAGCCUUACACACCCCCGGUCAUACUACUGGAAGUUUCAGUUUUUACUUGACAGAUAAAGAGGAAAAAGCCGUGUUUACUGGCGAUGCACUCUUCAUCGGUGGAUGUGGUAAAUUCUUUGAGGGUACCGCCGCCGAUAUGUAUAAUUCCUUAAUCAAAACGCUGGGUUCACUGCCUCCAAGCACCAAGGUGUACUGUGGCCACGAAUACACGGCUAACAAUCUCAAGUUUGCUGCCACAGUCGACCCUCACAAUCAGGUACUCGAGAACAAAAUAAGCAUUGUCUCAAACCAACAGUGCACGAUUCCAAGCACAAUCGGAGACGAAUUAAAAUUUAAUCCGUUCAUGAGAGUCCAUGAAGAGGCAAUUAAAAAUGCUACGGGGAAAAGUGAUCCAGUAGAGGUCAUGGGCAUUUUGAGGGAGAUGAAAGAUAAUUUUUAG